AUGCCAUUUAAUCGUGACGCCCUAGCUACUGCCAUAUGCCAAGCUACCUGCCGAGCAGAAUCUGAGCUUACCUCAAUAACGAAGCUCGCAGAAGGUGGUUUCAAUAGAGUGCCUCAAGCUACAUUCAAGGAUGGUUAUACCGUGCUCGCCAGGAUCCCCUACAACUCGAUGGCCCCAAAGAGCUUGGCCGUUGCAAGUGAAGCUGCCACUCUUGGGUUGUUACACGCGCGUGGUUUACCUGUUCCAAAGGUCCUCGGUUAUUCUGCAAACAAUUUGAACCCUGUUGGCGUCGAAUAUUUACUCCUAGAAAAAAUUGAUGGCAGCCCUCUCGGCGAUCGGUGGUUUACCAUUGGUAACAAGACCCGUGUCAAAAUUAUGAAGCAAAUUGUCGAAGUCGAGACACGACCAUUCCUACCUGAGCAAACCACUACUGAUGAAAUUGUGGUUGGCCCCAUUGCCCAGUAUGAGUGGUGGUAUAAGGAACGAGCCUCAUUAGACGUGGACCGUGGACCGUGGAAAACGUUUUUAAGGUGUUUUGAAGCUCCAGCAAAACGUGAGAUCCGAUUUUGUGAAGAUUUUGGAAGGCCUCGCCUCCACGUCGAGCGGUACUUGCGCGAAUUACACAAACUAGAAAAAAUGACACCGACUGCCCACGUCCAAAUUCUAUCGAAAUACUUGCAGCUUGCGCCCUACUUGGAGAUACCGUCAGAGCACCCUUUCGCUCUGCCAGUCCUCCGACACCCAGACUUUUCACCCAACAAUAUACUAGUUAAUUCAGAAGACGAAAUCGUAGGAAUAAUUGAUUGGCAACAUGCGGCCAUUCUACCUCUUGGCCUGUGCGCAAACAUUCCGUCCUACUUCCAAAACUGGGGUGAUCCCGUGUCGGAACGGCUUACAAAACCAAUGGUUAAGCGCCCUGAGAAUUUCGAUUCACUGAGCGAGGCCGAGCAGGAAUCUAUAAAGGAAACAAUGCGGAAACAGAUAGCUCACUUCUACUAUGCCGCCGUGACGAUGAACCAACUACCUGAUCAUUUUGAUGCGUUGCGAAAUUAUAACUCCAUGCUUCGUGCAAAGCUCUUCACUUUAGCCGGAGCUCCCUGGGAAGGUGAUACUUUGACCCUCAAACAUUCAAUGAUCGAAGCCUGCCAAAAGUGGCCUAUGCCCCUCGAAAAAGCUUCAUACCCAAAUACAGUUGACUGCCCAGUACACUUUACUGAGGAAGAAAUGGUCCAAUGCGUGACAGACUUUGCACAGGAACAAGAGAAGCUACAAGAGCUUACGAAAAUGAGGGCUUGCGCGAAUGUCGACUCAGUGGGAUGGGUUCCCGAUGAUGAGCACCUUGAAAAGUCAAUGGAUAUUGUACAAACCAUCAAGGCCGGGCUGCUAGAGCAUUCUACCACUGAACUGGAGCGAGAAGCUGUGGCCAAUCACUUCCCUUUCGACGAUCAUGACGAAAGACUUUAA